AUUCAAACGCUGAACAGGAAGAAAAACUACAGCUCGGUCUGUUCUCUGUUUGCCUUAUUCUAAAUUACAACGAGACGCAAUAAAGCCACGUCGGAUUUCAGACAUUUCGAGCAAGGAUGAGCGCAGCCUCCACACCGGUCUCUCGGAUAUGUCCAGGAUGGACGUCGUCCUCCUUGAAGAACAAGGGUCUUUCCCCUGCAGCCUGCAGCACCCCGCUGCUGGCAGCCUUCCCCGGCAAUGAUGAUGAGCAGGAACGACGUCAGCGCCGAAGGUCAAGAGUCAUUGACCUUCAGACUGCCACUGACUCCUCCUUCAAUGACUCUGCAGCUCAUAGUGCCUCGGGGACUCCUGCUGCCGUGCCCAAGCUAUCAAAUGCACAGAUCUCUGAGCAUUACUCCACCUGCAUAAAACUCUCCACUGAGAAUAAAAUCACCACCAAAAAUGCCUUUGGCCUUCAUCUGAUUGAUUACAUGGCUGAUAUUCUCAAACAGAAGGAUUCUGAGCUCACAAACUUCAAGGUGGCAGCUGGCACUUUAGAUGCCAGCACAAAGAUCUAUGCUGUGAGGGUGGAUGCUGUUCAUGCUGACGCCUACAGGGUGCUGGGGGGCCUGGGGGCUGAGACUAAACCUGGAGAAAACCAUGGUGUGGAGGAGGACAGAGAUAAUGAGGAGGCUGCAGCAGGUGAAGUGGCCGCCAAGCAGCCGAAGAAAAAGAGACCUCCGAAGAGGACAGUAGAGCAGAACCUGAGCAACAUCAAUAGUGCAGAGUCUGAGAGGAAGUGUGAGGUGGACCCCAUGUUUCAGCGGAUGGCUUCAUCCUUCGAUGAGAGCAGCACAGCUGGCGUCUUCCUGUCAGUUCUCUUCAGUGAGAACAGUCGUUGCGAGCUGUUAUUUCCCUCCCACAUGACCCUCCUGGAGUCCAGACCCUCGUACUCUCCUCCACCUCAACAGGGAGUCACUGCAUCCCCGUUCAUGGCCGGACUGCAACGCUCUCAGGAGAAAAGCGCCAUCUGCCCCUCCCUGCAGGAUUUCUCCUUCACGAGCUGGAACCCUGAGCAGACCAUGAAUCAGCUCUUGGAGAAGAUGAAGCAAGGCGAUCACGUGUUUGAUGUGAAUGCUGAGCCCGAGCCUGAGCCUGAAGAGGACGACUGCCCUGACUUUGACGCAGACUAUGAGGAGGGAAUGGGUGACUGUGACGACAGACCCAAGGAGUACAAAGAGGGCUGUGAGGCUUCUGGCUCCGGUAAAGGGAGGGAUGUGAUUCCAAUCGGAGAGGGAGACAUCACCACCAUGUGUCUGCAGCUGUCCUCUCAGCCCAGGGAGUACUCAUACUUCAGCCCCAGGACCAUGGCCACGUGGGCUGGACCCGGCUACUGGCAGUUCAAACCAAAGCACAAGUUGGACCAUUUGCCUGACAAAGAGACACGUAAAAGGAAGCCCAAGAAGACCUUUGAGAUAGACUUCAAUGAUGAUGUCAACUUUGAUACCUACUUCCGCACCACAAGAGCUGCCACCACUAACAGCAAGUCUGCCCUAAGUGCAAGCAACAAGAAAACAACUCUGCCAGCAGACUUCCAGUUUCCCCCAGAGACACUGUCCCAGCUCAGCCUCAAACCCUCCAGCUCGUUGAGUCAAGAAGGUCAGAAGAGGCUGUCUGGAGAGCUUGGAGAGGGUAUUGGAGACUACGACUACAACAACGCCAACGACACAGCCAACUUCUGUCCAGGUCUUCAGGGGCCUGACAGUGAUGAUGAUGUCGAAGGGUUUGCUGGUUCAGACGACACACAGCCUUCAGGUGAUAGUAUGCCUCUGCCCUCACAAGAUCUAGAGGGCGUCUCAACCUACGGGGAGGAUGAUCUGGUACCUGAACCACACAGGGUCAACAAGAUUGAGAUCAACUAUGCUAAGACAGCAAAGAAAAUGGACAUGAAGAGACUCAAGACCAACAUGUGGAGUCUUCUUACCGAAAGCCCCGAAAAGCCCACAGAGGAGGUGGAUACUGAGGAGAAGCCAGUAGUGUGCGGGGAGAAAGCCUUCAGUCAGACCACAAAGACGCUGCUUCAAAGGUUGCCAAACACGAUGGCUCAGAACCUGUCGGUGCCUCUGGCUUUUGUCGCUCUGCUUCACCUCGCCAAUGAAAAGAAUUUGGAGCUGGUGAAGGUGGAUGACAUGUCAGAUAUCAUCAUCAGACAAGGCCACUGAGGAGAGAUCAAUGAUGGGAUGUUGUAUGUUUGAGAAUUGCUGUUAUUCUCUGCUUUUUCAUCUCUUUUACUGUUUAUUGUACGUCUCUUUCUUUGUGACACGCUCUUGUUUAGAUUUUUUUUAAUUCAUUUUUAUAGGAAAUCCAGUAUGAAAUAAGAGCUCAGACAUCAAGUCUGCCUCUUUUCCUUUAAUAGCAUUUCCCUUUUAUUCUGUACUUCUCCUGUGUGUAGAUAACUUAAACUGCUCAACCACCGCACAAAAAUUUAUAUUGUCAAAAGAAAUAAAAGCUUUUUCUAAAA